AAUUUAUUUUUUUGUCGUCACACUAAAAAAAUUACUCUCAGAGGGAAAGAAACUCAGAUCCAAAUCCGUUCGUAAAUUCUCCGACCGACCAACAUCACCGCUCCGAUGGAAAAUUCCGAUUCGAAGAUUGCGGAACUGACUGAAUCGCGGCAGGAGCUUCUCGGCAGAAUCCAGAAUCUGAAACAGGAUCUGCAGAACUGGAGAACGAAGCUCGACGGUCAAGUGAAGGUCUACCGUGAUGAGCUCUCACAGCUUAAACAAUCACUUACUACUGAAGUUGAGCAACUCCGAACAGAAUUUCAAGACCUGAGGACCACUCUCCAACAGCAGCAAGAAGAUGUUACGGUCAGCCUAAAAAACUUAGGGCUGCAGGAUGAUUCAGGGGAAACGAAAGAGGCCGGAAGUCCAAGAAAUGCGGUGAUAGCUCAAGAUUUGCCAUAAGAGAACAAUGGUAUUACAUUAUUAUGUGUGACUAUCAUCCCAUUUAGUGUUAUUACAUUUAUUAUUACUAUAUGUCUGAAAGGGUUGCCGAUUUGUCCGAGAUUUCGAUGAAACUCUCAUCCAAAAUUUUCGACAUUUGCCCAGGAUCACUAAUAGUGAUACUGAGUAGUUAUGUUCUUUAUUUUCUUUUUAA